UGUAUGGCGUCAUCUCUAAGUCCUGCAUAUCUACGAAUAGCUGGACCAUCCACCUCUCAUAUAACAUUUACCAACUUUACGAUAUCCAUUCAAGAUCCACAAACAACCAUGAAUAAAGACGACUAUAUACAAAACUAUCAUUCACUCUCUACCAAUGAAAAAGACGGAACGAAUGAACGGUUUUCUAUGAGUCAUAAACAAUGGGCCAAGUUUGUACAUUGGGCUAAAAAGACCGGAUUCGAUUUAGUUUUCGCUUUAAACAAUCAAAUUAAAACGUCGUCCGGUAUGUGGGAUCCUAAUUCGGCUUUGAUAACAAUGAGUGUAGCUGAAAAGGUCAAAGUUGGUGAUAUUUAUUGGCAGCUAGGUUAUGAAUGCGCAAACCAGUCGAUCGAAGAGUACAUCAAUGACUUGGAGACUCUCCGCGUGAUGGUGGAGACCUUCCCGGCAGCAUCAGCGUCGUGGAAGGUGGUGGCAGGAGACGUCGCACCGUGCCUUCAGCCGGACUCCCAGAGCGAUUUCAAGGACUUUGUCACUCUCUCUAAUGAUAUGUUGGACGCUAUAUUCCUUAAUGGUAAUUCAUCAGCUCAGCAACUAGAGAAGAUGUCAGAGAUGGACCGUGUGCGUCUGCUGCGUGUCCUCAGCAACAGCGCCACUCCGCUGUGGCUGACGGAGCAGGUGCAGUGGCGCAGGCAGCUGCAGCGCGCGGCGGACUGGCUGGCCAGCCUGGGUUAUGCUGCCAGGAAUGGUUUCUCUGUGCACUUUAGGGAACUGCUGGAGGAGGAGUUGCAUGAGCCUACAUUGAGUUUCUACAUGGCGCUCAUCUACAAGAAUCUGGUGGGUGAACGUGUGCUCAACGUCAAUAUGACGGCGUCCCAAGCCACGCUGUUCGCACACUGUUCAUCGCUGCGUCAGCAACCGGUGUCCGGGGCCAUCACUCUUUACGGUGCGAACAUGGACGAUGAAGCGGCGAGAUUCUCACUGAAACUAUCUAAGAGAGAAGACGGUGGUGACAUCAUGCAGUUUAUAUUCGGUCAUGAUAGUACCGGUAACAUAGUGGUGAAUGGGAGAGCUAUGUAUUUAGAAGGAGACAUCCGUCCUGUGGUCAAACGUGUUAGACCUUACAAAACACUGUUGAUCAAUCUUCCACCAAAAUCAUUCGGAUUUUGGGUGCUGGCGAAUACUAAAGUCGAAGCCUGUAUUUACAAAGAUGUUAAUAAAGAGCUAAGUGAAGAUCUAUUAGUUGAUAAGGAAAAUAUCAACGCAAAAAAUGUUAUUAAAUCCAGAAGAUCACUAAGAAACAAGCGCGAUAUCGUUGAUUUAGACAAAUCACUUGAUGUUUCUUACGAGCAUUACCCAAUCACGGAGUUUGAAGUAAACAAUACUAUGACUAACUUACGCAAACAGAUAAACAACUUAAAUAAAGAGUUAAAAAACUUUCACGAAUAUUUGACUAAUAAAAAAGAGGAAAAGGAAUUACCAAUUAGAUUUAGAAGACAAGCGGAUUACAAGGAAAAUUUACAAAAAAUUAAUAGAAAAGGUCUAAAAUCAAAGUACUUUAGAAAUGAACGUGACAGAUUCGAUUUGAAAUCAAAUUUUUUGGAUAAACUGAUAGCAUUUAAGAACGAAAAAUUAUCAAAAAUAAAUAAGAUCAGGUUUAACAGAAAGAAUGUUAAACGAUCUAAUAAAGUAAGUUCUGCAGAAUAUGAUGAUUUAAAUGAAGAGAGGGGAGAGAGAAGACGUCGAAGCGUGUUAAAUGACCAAACUUUAAAUAACAUGGAUAAUAGUAAAAGGAUUAUAAAUGAAAAAAAUAAUUUAUACAUGUCAAUAGAAAAUGAAAUUGAUUCGGACGAUAAUCAUUUUCCUGUAGACGAUGUAUUAAAUAAAUUGAAAGGGAGUUUACGACAUUUGCCAUUUAAAAAAGAGAAAGAAAACAUUGAUAAUGAAUCAGAAUUUAAUGAAUUAAUUUUAAAAACGAAGUUGUCGGAAGAUGGCGCUGUUAUUAACAUCAGUGAGAAAGCAAAUCACGGACUUCUGAGGUCCACUUUUGAAGAUUUAAUUGCUAUAUUAUCAGAUUUUAAUAAACAAUUAAAUAGAUUUUGGAGCGUAUUUACUGUAUUAGAGUAA